AUGAGGACAUACAAGAUGAGGGUCAUCGGGCCGGAUGGGGUCGCCGGGUGGGACAAGGUCCAGGAUCUCGCCGCCUGCCUGGUGGAUCUCCAUGAGGCUCCUUACCUCACCGAGCUGCAGGUGGGCCAGAUCGUCCGGCUGUGGACAGCUCUCCCUGAGGUGGACAAACAGCGUGUGGACUACCAGCCUCGCCACCAGGAGCGCCUCACACACGGCCGCUUCAAGGCUCCGAAGCGGUCUGGAGUCACACCGGGCGUGGAGAGCGUGAAGCGCUGCCUGAUAGGCCAUCCUGGGGGUCCGGCACAGUGGCCCAGCACCAGCCGCUUGGUUGAGGCAAUGUGCAUCAAACUGUGCACGUUGCACAAGUCUCCAACCAAGAAGGCUGGAGUGUCGACCCCCAGGUGGUCCAAGAUCCUCGGGGCGUACCACCACAUCCGGGAGCUGGUGCUCAACAUGCCGCGGGUCAUGGCGGAGACCACCCUGCAGCUCUUUGAGCUCAAUCAGAGGACACUCAUCCAGUGGUUUCAACGGAGGCAGAAGAGCCAGGAGAUGAGUGUCCUCUCCCAGGGGAUGCCUCCCACCCCCCAGAUCGCCGUGGCACCGGACCAGCUUCUGGCCCCGAAGGACAAACUGGCGCUCCUUCCAUCAACAUCUGGGCCACGCCAUGAAUUUGUCCUUCCUCCGAAUCUGGAGGGACAGGCUCCCCUCCUGCGGCCAGGCAGACGGCCCGCUGCUGCCACCAGGGACCGCCCCAUCACGCCCACCCCCACAGCACCACCACCACCUGCAGCAGCUCAGUCAGGGCGUCUCGUCCUGAACCCCGACAACACGCUGUCGCUGGUGCUGGCAGCUCCUGGUGUCUCCACACCCGGCCUGGCUCCUCCUGCUCCUCUUGCUCCUCCUGCUCCCGUGUCCCGCUUCACGGAGAGGAACCGACGCCGGCGGGCUCUUGAGGAGGAGGGUGGAGCUGCAAAGAGGAAAUAUGUGCGAGAGGUGCCAUACAACAAGUGUGCACAGUGUGGUCAGCCAAAAACCAAGGAGUUUGGCCACAGCCGUUUUGGAGGCGCCACCUUCUGCCCUGCGGCCUCACAGGGAAAGUCUCUGGAGGAGUGGCUGCAGGAGCAGAGAGCUGCAAAAUGA